CAAAAAUAUGGAACUUCUCAAUAUUUUUAAAUAGACCCCUCAGCUUUGCUAAGAGGAUUCAAGGUUAGAAGCUCAGAUCGACCAAAGUCAUCCAGCCGAUCUCGUUCGUUCGUCAGGUUCCCGGUGAUAAACAAGUACAGAUUCUUCAGAUCAAUACUAGAAUGAGUGAAGUGAAGUUGCUUGGCACUCAAUCAAGCUUUCCCUGUGCCAGGAUUAUAUGGGCUCUGAAACUUAAGGAGGUAGAGUAUGAAUUCAUUGAAGAAGACUUGUUUAACAAGAGUCCUCUCCUUCUAAAGAUGAAUCCCGUCUACAAGAAAGUCCCUGUGCUGAUACACAUUGACAAGCCGGUGGUUGAAUCACUUGUUAUCCUCGAAUAUAUCGACGAGACAUGGAAACAUAACCCGUUAUUGCCUGAAGAUCCAUAUGAACGAGCGACGGCACGUUUCUGGGCUAAGUUUGUUGAUGAGAAGUGUGUUCUUAGCGCAUGGGAAGCUGUAAAGUCGGAAGGAGAAAAUAAGAAGAAGGCCAUUGAAACUGCACAAGAAAUGUUUGAACAUUUGGAGAAACAGAUUGCAGGGAAGAAGUAUUUUGGGGGAGAGAAAAUAGGUUACCUGGAUCUAGUCAUUGGAUGGACGUCUCUAUGGCUCAAUGCCAUGGAAGAGGUUGGAGGAAUGAAACUGCUUGUUCCCGAGAAGUUCCCUUCGCUGAGCGAAUGGACUCAGAACUUUAUCCGAGUUCCUGCAAUCCAAGACAGCUUGCCUCCAUUAGAAAAUGUUGUCAACUAUUUUCAAGUUGGCCUCAACUACUUGCGCUCCUUAUCUGCCAACAAAUCAUGAUCCCAACACUUCUACACAACAGAAGAUUACUUCACAUUCAUAAUUUGAUAGUUCAUGCCUCAAAGAUUGCACAACUGCCUUUUAUGUUGUUAUGAUACUCUGAUAUAUAUCCUGUCCUGUUUCUGUAAGCUAAAGUUUUCAGUAUUUUUCCUUUCUUUUUGUCUGAAGCACUACCAAGAAAUCUACACUAUACACAUUCUUUAA